AUGGGGUCGGGGCCUGGGCGAUGCGACCACGCGGCCAUGCUGGCUGUUGAAGAAGAUGUCCUUCGAUCCUUAUCCUCCGAUACACCGCAUAUGCCCGAUCCCAAGUCUAUGCUUCAGUCGGCGUAUGAGCGGACACUUGAUGCCACGGUCCCUCUCGAUUGGCAAGGAACUACCACUGUAUGCGGUGCCCAAUUGCACUAUAGAGCCUCGGGCGACAACCCAUCAGUAAAUCCAUUGCCGCUGCUGCUCGUUACAAACCUCGGAGACUGCCAAGUGAUGGUCCUUCGCCCGCGAAACAAGGAGGUCAUUUUCAAGACCAAGGAACAGUGGCAUUGGUUCGACUGUCCCAGGCAGCUUGGAACCAACAGCCCUGAUACACCCAAGGACAAUGCUGUCGUGGAUACUAUAGACUUGGAAGUCGGAGAUGUGGUACUAGCGAUGAGCGACGGCGUCAUUGAUAAUUUAUGGGAGCAUGAAAUCGUUGAGUCGGUUGUAAAGAGCAUUAAAAGCUGGGAGUCGGGAAAAGGAGGAGAGUUGAAAGAAGAUAGAAAAGGUGGCCGUAAUGGCGGGAUGAAGGUGGCAGCGGAUGAGCUCGUCGCUGCAGCUAGAGUGAUCGCGAUGGAUCCAUUUGCAGAGAGUCCAUUUAUGGAGCAGGCUAUUGAAGAAGGCUUGGCCAGUGAAGGAGGGAAACUGGAUGACAUUAGUGUGGUUGCUGCCUUAUUUCAUCGCACUAGCCCAUAUCGCCAUUCCCAAUCGUGUCUCUUGUAUCCGUCAAACAUGAGGGGGAAACGAUCCAAACAGUAUCGCAAGCUCAUGGAGCGAUAUUGUAUGACCUUUGGUUUUCGGGAGCCGUACCAAGUUCUAGUGGACGCCGAAAUGGUCCAAGAUUCCUGCCGGUUCAAGAUGGAAUUGGAGCCGGCCUUGCAAAGAACAGCCCAUGGAAAAGUCAAGCCAAUGAUUACACAAUGCGAAAUUAGGAAGCUCUACGCGCGGAAGAAUGAACCUGGUAUCAGCGAAGCCAUAGAGGUAGCCAAGACUUGCGAGAGACGACGUUGCGGCCAUCAUCCCGAUGAGUACCCCGAGCCGUUGAGUACGCUGGAGUGCCUUCAGUCUGUCAUAGAUCCCAAGGAUACGGGCGAGAAUAAGCACCGGUAUGUUGUGGCAAGCCAGAACCUGGAUUUACGGCGCAUGUUGCGCGGAGUCCGAGGAGUGCCUUUAAUAUACAUCAAGAGAAGUGUCAUGAUUAUGGAGCCAAUGUCCGAUGAGAGCGUUCGACUCCGAGCCCGAGAAGAGCGUAGCAAGUUUAGGGCGGGACUGAAACCAACAAUCGGGAAGAGAAAGAGAGCAGAAAGGGACGAUGGCGGCGAAGAAGAUGACGACGAUGGAAAUGUGAUGGCAACUGACAAAGGCACCGAGCCGAAGCCGCCGGCGAAGAAGUCCAAGCGCCCUGGUCCGAAGGGGCCCAAUCCCCUGUCGGUGAAGAAGAAAGCUAAAAAGCAGACUGACGGGACGAGCAAACCAAAGAAGACGGCCAAGACGGCCGAGACGGAGGAAAAGUCGGGUGAAGCGCCGGCUAAGCGGAAGAGAAAGAGAAAGUCCAAGUCGACGAAUGCUGACUCGGCAGGCGAAGGCGGCUCGGGCGAGACCAAUGCGCCUCAGACUGUCUCAAAUACCGAUGAAGGCUGA